AUGGAGGUGUUUAAUGUUGACCACCCUCUGGUUUUUGUUUUUGGUCUUCUAGGUAACAUUAUUUCCACCGGCGUCUACUUUGCUCCAUUGCCAACUUUCAUUGAAAUCUGCAAGCGGAAAUCUACAAUGGGAUUCCAAUCAUUUCCAUACGUGGUCUCCCUCUUGAGUGCAUUGCUAUGGUUGUAUUAUGCCUUCAUCAAAGAAGGAGACACUUUCCUUCUCAUCUCCAUCAACUCUCUCGGUACCUUCAUCGAGUCUCUUUACAUCAUCAUUUUCCUCCUUUAUGCUACACCCAAUACCAAGAAGCAAACGUUUAAGGGCCUCUCUGCUACCCUUGUCUUUUGCCUUGUCAUUUCUCUUGGGACCCUCUUCACGUUGCAAGGAGAAACACGCGUGCUAGUCGUCGGAUGGGUUUGUGUUGGGAUAUCCAUAGCUGUCUUUGCAGCACCUCUCACAAUUGUGUUUGAAGUUGUGAGAACACAAAGUGUGGAAUUCAUGCCAUUACCCUUAUCAUGCUUCCUGACGCUAAGUGCAAUGAUGUGGUUCGCUUAUGGGAUGUCCCUCAAGGAUAUAUGCGUUACGGUGCCAAACAUAUUGGGAUUCAUAUUGGGAGUAGUUCAAAUGGGGGUUUAUGCAUAUUACAAGAAGGUGGCAAGCGUAAGCGACAAAAAGCCCAAGGAUCAACACAUGAUGAACAUAUUAUCUGCAAACUCAGAGGUGCAUCCCGUUGAUUCCGGGAGAAGUAGCGAAGCAGAUGAUGAUGUUGUUGCUGCUGCUGUUGAUGAUAACGAAGAAAACAAAAAGGAAGAAUGCGUGCUAGUGAAUGUGAAGCAGCAGUCGUUGGAUCAUAUACAGCUUGUGAUAUGUGCAACUUAAUGGGAUGGGAUGAAUUAAUUUUGUACCUCUGAUCUGAUCGGCAUACAUACAUACAUACAUAUAUCUUAGUUUGGUUGUUUGAUCUUGACAUGUUUGUUUA